GGGCACGGGAUUGCAACCCAUCAUGGUACUUUUUUAAAAACUCCAAAAAUACUUUCUAGCUGUUCUUUCUCACAUUCACUGGUCCAAGUAGGUGGGCAAGUAGCCGCUCUCGUAUAACACCUUUGCUCAGCCAGCAACCAGCUUUGCUGUUGGACCUAUCGACGACGGACGAAAUCUUUUGUCCUUUUCAUUCUUUUCUUUUUUUUUCUUUUCUUUGUUCAUGGAGCUAGCGCCUCAUCUCUCCUGCGUUUAGACGUACGUGUUAUUAGUCUCUGGACCACACCGUAUAUACGUACAAAUACAUAAGCUAAGCUAAGCCCUUUCCUGUCUCUCUCUACACUCUUUAGGGUCGUAGAUACAGUAUACACGUACUCCAGCAUCCUGGGACACGAUUGGUGCAAUGGUGCAGCACAGUACAUUGACUGUUAUCCAAACAGAGGCAAACAGCAGCUAUUCUUCAAUUCGCUCAUCACCUUCGUUCGGGGAGCCUGCAGCUUUGCCUGCCGUGCUGUCCCCGGCUGCCAUGGAUCCCAAGGGCGAGAGUGCUCGCGGCGGCGGCGGCCAGGGCGAGGGCGACCUCGACCUCAACCUCUCCCUGCAGCCGACCUUGCUGGCGCCCGAGCCGGAGCCGCUGGGUUACUUCUCCUGCACCUACUGCGACAAGAAAUUCUACUCCUCGCAGGCACUCGGCGGCCACCAGAACGCCCACAAGUUUGAGCGCAGCGUGGCCAAGCGCGCCCGCGAGCUGGCUGCCGCUCGCCGCGCGGGCGAGGGCGGCGAGCGCGCCAGUGCGGCCGAGGAGGAGCCGAGGAUGGGGAAGGAAAUGGGCAUUGCGAGGUCGGUCUCGGCACCAAGCUCCUCGUCAUCGCACCAGAUCAGGGCGUCGCCGGAGGCAAGCAGGAAUAAUCUCACCGACGACAUCGACAUCGACCUCUCCUUGAAGCUAUGAUUGGCUGCGGUCUGCGGCGGCGGCUCAUCGGACUUGAGGUUCUUGUCGCUGGGACACACGAGCAAUCACUGGCUUGAUCCCUCCUUUUGAGUGUUCUUGUUAUAUUUCCGUGUGCUGAUUAAACCUCUGUACGUGUGCUGAUCGAUUAAUUAAUUUCCUGGACCGUGCAUCGACUGAAAGCAGGUUCUUGGUGAUUUC